AAGUGCUGGCUGCACACCCAAUCAGGAGGGCCAAGGGAGGAGGGCUCUUCCCAUUCCAGGUACAGAAGGGCUUACUGUGAGUUUGGUGCUGAGAGCCUGGGAACUGAGAACACAUCUAUUUUCCUUGACUUCUUAUUGAGUGCUGCAAAGAUCCUCGGACACCCUCAAGCAUCACAAUGGAGACAGUGACCUUUGAGGAUGUAGCUGUGAACUUCACCGCAGAAGAGUGGGAUUUGCUGACUCCAUUCCAAAAGAAGCUCUACAUAGGUGUGAUGUGGGAAAUAUAUAUGAAUAUUAUGAUGACAGGAAGAAUAUGGCAUAAUCAGAAAAUUAAAGAAGAGGACAAAACUUUUUCAAGAAAUCUAAGGUGAUUGACACAUAUAUGAUGAAGAAAAUUACUUGACAAUUGGAGAGCAGCAAUAUAAAUAUAAUGAAGUUAUAGUAACCUGCAAUGAUUUCCAGUCCUUUCAGAAGCAUGAAAUGAGGAAGACUGCAGAGAGACCCUGUCAAAGUGGGCAGUGUGGGGAGGACAGCUCUGACCUUAGUGAACAAACUUAUCCUGGGCAGAAAUCCUUUCUAUGUAAGAAAAGUUUGAAAGCCUGUGCAGCACUUACCAGUGUUCAAAUCUGUGAUAGAAGUCACAGUUCAGGGAGCUCAUAUCUACAAAAUCACUAUGAAAAUUUUUUAAUUUCUUCAUACCAUAUUGAAAAAGAUGUUAGAAAAUAUGCUAGAGAGAAACACAAUAUAACUGAGAAAUGUGCAAAAGCACUAUCUCACAGUAAUUGCUUUAAAAACUAUAAACAACUUCAUGCUGGAAAGCAAACAUAUGAAUGCCAUCAGUGUGGGAAAGCAUUCAGUACACGCAGUAGCUGUCAAAGACAUGAAAGAAUUCACACUGGGGAGAAACCCUAUGUAUGCAACAAAUGUGGAAAAAGAUUCAACACAGCCUCAGAAUGUAACAUACAUGAAAGAAUUCAUACUGGGGAGAAACCCUAUGUAUGCAAUAAAUGUGGAAAAAGAUUCAGCACAGCCUCAGAAUGUAACAUACAUGAAAGAAUUCACACUGGGGAGAAACCCUAUGCAUGCAACAAAUGUGGAAAAAGAUUCAUGAAAGACUCAUAUUGUAAGAUACACUAUAGAAUUCACACAGGGGAGAAACCCUAUGCAUGCAACAAAUGUGGAAAAAGAUUCAGGACAGCCUCCUAUUGUAAUACACAUGUUAAAAUUCACACUGGGGAGAAACCCUAUGCAUGCAACAAAUGUGGAAAAAGAUUCAGGAGAGCCUCAGAUUGUAACAGACACUAUAGAAUUCACACUGGGGAGAAACCCUAUGUAUGCAACAAAUGUGGAAAAACAUUCAGGACAGCCUCAGGUUGUAACACACAUAUUAAAAUUCACACUGGGGAGAAACCCUAUGCAUGUAACAAAUGUGGAAAAAGAUUCAGGAGAGCAUCAGAUUGUAAGAUACACUAUAGAAUUCACACUGGGGAGAAACCUUACUUAUGCACACUAUGUGGAAAAUCUUACAGUAGCAGUGGUAACCUCAUUAUACAUGAAAGAUUUCACAGAGGGGAAAAACCUUAUGUGUGCAACAAAUGUGGGAAAGCAUUCAAUAGUGCCUCAGGAUGUAAAGUACAUGAUAGAAUUCACACUGGGGAGAAACCUUUUGUUUGUAAGCAGUGUGGGAAAUCUUUCAGUCACAAGGGUAACCUUAUUGUACAUGAAAGAAUUCACACUCGGUAGAACCUCUAAUGAUACAAUGUGACAAAGCAUUCAGUAUGGAAAAGUACUGAAAAUAAACCCUAUCUGCGUAAGCAAUUUGGGAUGUUUUCAGCUGUAGUAGUAGCUUUUGUGUAUAUAAAAGAAUUCAUUCUGCAGAAAGACCCUACCUAUGUGAGAAACAAAUGGAUUUGUUGAUAAAUUCUCACUUUAUAAACAUAAAAGUUCCCACAUUGGGAAGAAAACCUAUGUACAUAAGGAAAUGUAGGACAAAUUUGCAGAGACAAAUUGUCACUACAUGAAAGGACUCCCUCUGUGUAGUAAUUCUUUGCUUUGAACAAUGGUGGAUUCCAGUCAGUGCACAAAAAUGCCAUUGAAUAGGGGAAUAAUGCACAGAAGGAAGAAACCCUAAGUAUGUAGGCAGUGUGGAAAAGAUUUGCUUCAAUGUUUCCCUUUUGCAAACAAAAUUUCUCUCACAUUGGGGUGUAACUGCAUUGAGAAAUAUUUGGUAAAUGUUCAACAGACAGCUACUAACCUGAGUGAUGUCAUAUUGGUUCCCGAGCCUAUAUUUGCAUUGUGGGAAAGCAUUCAAUAUUCACAUUUAUUGUCAAAUGUGCAAAAGUAAUGAUAGUUCAGUGAAAUCAUAUAUAAGUGGCUUGAAAAUUACUCAUGUAGAGGAGACAUGGAAAUUAAUAUAAAAUUAUUGUUUUCAAUAUGUGUUCAUAGAUUUUUUAAAAACACUCAAACAUAAAGAUGUCCUAAAAUGUUUUCAUUUCUUUUUUAUAAAUCAUAUAUAAGUGAUCUAUUUGUCAGUAGUCUUAAUAAAAAUUAGUUUUUAAAGAAAA